GAGAGAGAGAGAGAGACAGUGAGAGCUUGUUUGUUAUAUCCUAUCCAGUUCAGGCAGUCGUUCUGCCUUCACAGGAAUGCUUGGAUGUUAUUCUGAAUGGUAUAACUUCUUCAUCCUCUUGUCCUGCCCCUCUGCCUCUCUGUGUGGAGAAGGUGUGUGUUUCCCAUACAGACAUGGACACCUCCGGGCGCUCCAGGAUUAUUCUAUGUGUGGCAAUAUCCUUGGCCCAAGUGUUUUCAGUGACCACUCAGAAUGUCAAGCUCGGGGACAAAGAUAGUUGUACAGAAAAUGGCCAUGUCUACUCCAACAAUGAGAUAUGGAGCCCAGAGCCCUGUAAGAUCUGUGUGUGUGAGGCCGGGACUGUGGUCUGUGAAGAGGUCCAGUGUGAAGACCUGACAGGCUGUGAGACAACAGUGACACCUGAGGGAGAGUGUUGUCCUGUCUGCUCUCAGGCCACCUCGACUUCAGCACCUGGCACAGAUGAGAAAGGGGACGAAGACAUCUGUACAGAAAACGGCCAUGUCUACUCCAACAAUGAGAUAUGGAGCCCAGAGCCCUGUAAGAUCUGUGUGUGUGAGGCCGGGACUGUGGUCUGUGAAGAGGUCCAGUGUGAAGACCUGACAGACUGUGAGACAACAGUGACACCUCAGGGAGAGUGUUGUCCUGUCUGCUCUCAGGCUGCCACAGGAGUAGAACCAGAGGUGCAGAGAUUGGAACACUGCACAGAAAACGGUCAGGCUUACGCACACAAUGAGAUUUGGAGGCCCGAGCCCUGUCGCAUGUGUGUGUGUGACGGAGGCGUGGUCAUCUGUGACGAGGUGCAGUGUGAGCCGGUGGUCAACUGUGAGAGAGUGGUCAUCCCAGAGGGUCAGUGCUGCCCACUGUGUGACACGUUCGCCAGCGCCAAGAGGAUCAUACAACUAAUGGCUUUAAAGGGCCAAAAGGGUGAACCAGGUGACAUUCCUCACGUUGUUGGAAUUGUGGGUCGACCUGGACCUAUGGGUCCCCCAGGGUCGCAGGGGACUACUGGACACCGUGGAUUCAAAGGCAGACGUGGUGUUCAUGGACCACCUGGCUUUGAUGGGGAACCUGGGGUUCCAGGGAACCCUGGAGAGCCAGGACCCUCCGGCCAGCCCUCACUUCCUGGGAGUCAGUUGGUCUCUCAAAUGGCCGCUGGCUUCCAUGAGAAAUCCGGACUGGCUGGGAUGGUGUCUGGAACAAGGGGUGAAUCAGGGCCAAGAGGGCAUGCAGGGUCGACCGGACCACCCGGUCCUUCUGGAGCGCAGGGAAUCCCAGGGGAGGCUGGAGAACCAGGACCAAUGGGCUCCUAUGGUCAUAGAGGACCUGAAGGUCCACCAGGAAAACCAGGACCUGAUGGUGCGCCAGGCGCGCCAGGAAAUACUGGAGAACAGGGAUUCGCUGGGUCUCAGGGUUCGAGAGGUUUCCCUGGCCUACCCGGUCAUCCAGGAAUGAAGGGUCACAAGGGUCAUGCUGGCCUUGGGGGAUCAAGAGGAGAAACAGGAGCGGUUGGAUCAAAGGGCGUAUCAGGUGUUCCUGGGGGAAUGGGGCCUCUGGGCCCACCGGGUUCCGUGGGCAUGCCAGGAGAGAGAGGCAGAAGUGGUCCAAGUGGAGCGGUGGGAAAACGUGGUCUUCCUGGUCAUAUUGGUAAACCAGGUCCCAUGGGUCCAGUUGGGAUCAACGGUGCUCCAGGUUAUCCCGGUAGCCCUGGCAUGAAGGGUGAGGCGGGGCCGACAGGGGUCCGGGGAACUGAGGGCCCCCAGGGGCAACGAGGGGAUGCUGGACACGUGGGACGUCCUGGACCAACAGGGAUUCAAGGUCCUUCAGGAACAGAUGGAGCUCCAGGAAGCAGAGGAUCCACGGGAAUGCCAGGUGUUCUGGGCCCAGUCGGACUGCUCGGCCCAGCAGGAACACCUGGACCUCAAGGUACCACAGGCCUAGACGGGCCCAAGGGACAACUGGGAGAUCCUGGCGUGGAGGGAUUCAAAGGAGAAGCUGGACUCAAAGGAGAGAUAGGUUCACCGGGUCUCCACGGUACAAUAGGGCCAAUGGGGGAGGAGGGAAAGAGGGGACCAAGGGGGGACAGUGGGGCCGUCGGCCCCCCCGGACCUACUGGUGAAAUGGGUGCUCCAGGAAACAGGGGCUUCCCCGGUGGAGAUGGACUGCCUGGUCAAAAGGGGGCCCAAGGUGAAAGAGGCCUGGCCGGGUCAUUUGGAGCCAAAGGCCUUGAAGGUGACCCUGGGCGCACUGGAGAGCCUGGCUUGCCCGGAGCAAGGGGCUUGACAGGUAUUGCCGGUAGCACAGGAGCUGAGGGAAAACAAGGACCAAUGGGAGGUUCUGGAGAGGAUGGGAAAUCAGGACCAGCGGGGCCGGCUGGAUCAAGGGGUCUAGCUGGUUCAAUGGGCCUUCCAGGACCAAAGGGCUUCACUGGAGAUCCUGGGAAGACAGGAGAGGUGGGCACCCCAGGACCUGCAGGUCAAAGGGGAGUUAAUGGAAAGGAUGGUGAAGAAGGUGCAGCAGGUUCAACUGGCCCAGCGGGAAUAGCAGGGAAGAGAGGAGAACAAGGACCUCCAGGUCUAAACGGUUUUCAGGGUUUACCAGGACCCCCAGGUCCCCCUGGAGAGUCUGGGAAGCCAGGAGACGAGGGUAUUGCUGGAGAGGCGGGAGGCGUAGGUCUGACAGGACCAAGGGGUGAGCGUGGAACACCAGGAGAGAGAGGAGAGGUGGGACCUAAUGGAUUACAGGGGCCUAAAGGUGGCCUCGGAACACAAGGACUUGAUGGUCCAAAGGGCAAUGCUGGUCCAGCGGGUGCUGUUGGAGACCCAGGACCCCCAGGCCUGCAAGGGAUGCCAGGGGAGAGGGGCAUUCCUGGCCCCUCUGGGCCAAAGGGAGACAUAGGGUCAGUGGGUGAGGCAGGAGCAGUGGGUACUGCUGGAAAUGAUGGUGCACGGGGACUUCCCGGUUCACUCGGACCAACAGGACCUGCUGGACCCAAUGGUGCAAAGGGAGAAUCUGGCCCUGCAGGACCAGCUGGACGAAGAGGAUCCAGAGCCAUGUCUGGAUCUCGUGGUGAACCUGGUCCAAUUGGUGCUGUUGGAUUCCCUGGACCUCCUGGUGUGGAUGGCCAACCUGGGGUCAAAGGUGAGACAGGUGAACCAGGCCAGAAUGGUGAGGCUGGAUCUCCUGGACCUCAGGGAAUAGCAGGAAAAACAGGAACACAGGGGCCUGUGGGUGUGACUGGACUAAAAGGUGGAAGGGGGACACAGGGGGCAGCAGGUCCAUCUGGAUUCCCUGGUCUCGCUGGAGGAGUUGGACCCGUUGGAUCAGCCGGUGCAGUUGGGGCCCCCGGGCCUCUGGGUACCACAGGCAAGCCAGGUUCUAAAGGGAUUCUAGGGGAGAACGGCCCCCCGGGGAGCCAAGGAGAGAGAGGGGCUCCUGGUCCAGCAGGAGGCUCCGGAGAUAAAGGAGACUCUGGAGAGGAUGGACCAGGGGGUCCUGAUGGGCCUCCUGGACCUGCAGGAAUUUCAGGACAGAGAGGCCUAGUGGGUAUGCCUGGACUCCGAGGAGAGCGCGGCAUGCUGGGACUUCCUGGUCCAGCUGGUCCUCCAGGUAAAGCAGGAACUCCAGGGGGUCAGGGAAGCAAGGGGCCUGCAGGUUCGGUGGGCUUACCUGGACCAACUGGUCCUAAAGGAGAACCCGGUCCUGAGGGAGGGGUUGGAGAGGAUGGGACGCCUGGAAACGAUGGCAUCGUUGGAACCAGGGGAGAUAGAGGCAACACAGGCCCUGAGGGUCUUGCUGGUGCUCAGGGGGGGCCUGGGUCCCCAGGACCCAUCGGCUCCACUGGAAACCCCGGCAAGAGAGGAAACAAUGGUUCUAAGGGACCCCCUGGCCCUCUAGGCUCAGCAGGAAUACGAGGAAAGUUGGGGCCUCAAGGGCCACUGGGAGAUAAGGGAGCACGUGGCAAUCAGGGAGAGAGGGGCCAGAAAGGACACAGGGGCUUCACCGGACUCCAUGGCUUGCCUGGGACAACCGGACAAUCAGGGGAUGUGGGAGCACCAGGCAUCACUGGACCGACUGGGCAGAGAGGCCCCCCUGGUGUGGUUGGCCCCCCAGGAAAGGAAGGAUACAUUGGACAUCCCGGGCCUAUGGGCUCUCCCGGUACAAGAGGAGCCUCUGGCGACAUUGGACCAGAGGGACCUCCAGGAGAAACAGGCCCCCGUGGUCCUCCUGGAUCUCCUGGCCCCCCCACGGCUGCUGUGGAUGACCUUUUCGGGAGCCCCUUCGACUAUGACUUUGAUGGGGGUGCACCACCCCCUAUAGAGUUCGGCAAGGCCGCGGACGCCCCCCCUCCUCCGCCUGAGUUCAACGAGGACGAGGCCCUUCCCAACAAGGCCUCAGAUGUGGUCCGUGUAGAUAAGGGGGUCCAAACCACGCUGAAGACCCUCAGCGGACAUCUGCAGAACCUGCGCAGUCCAGACGGCAGCCGUGCUCACCCAGCCAAAACCUGCCAGGACAUCAAACAGUGUUAUCCUCUGAAACGCAGUGGUGAUUACUGGGUGGAUCCCAACGAAGGGAAUGCCAAGGAUGCCAUUAAGGUGUUCUGUAACAUGGAGACCGGAGAAACUUGUAUCCCAGCCAACCCUGCAAACAUACCGCAGAAAACAUGGUGGACGAAAUCUACUCCUAGCCCAACCAAACCUUUGUGGUUUGGAGCUAACAUGAAUGGAGGAACAAGAUUCAACUAUGGCAACAAAGGGGACGAGCCCAACACUGUGGCCAUUCAGAUGAAGCUGAUCCGACUUUUGUCCAAAGAGUCGGUCCAGAAUGUCACCUUCCACUGCAAGAAUAGCGUGGCCUACAAAGAUGAAAAGAGUGGCAACCUGAAGAAAGCACUCGUCCUCAAGGGUGCCAACGGACAGGACAUCAGGGCUCAGGGUAACAACCGCCUCCGAUACACUGUCCUGGAAGACGGAUGUUCGGAAUCAAAUGGUAUUGGGUCCAAGACUGUAAUUGAGUACAGGACUCAGACAACGGCAAGACUGCCAAUUGUAGACUUGGCCCCCAUGGACAUUGGCAAGGCGGAUCAGGAGUUUGGUUUGCACAUUGGGCCAGUUUGUUUCUCCUAAACUCAAACACAUGAACAGAAAUCGUUAGCCCUUUAAGGAGAUUAUCUUCUUCACAGAAUGCCUUUCUCAUUGUUGUUUGAAUUUUGCAAUGCAAUUGAAGAAACAACCCUAAUGUCUGUAGUCUGUGGCCAGUCUCUUCUACAGUAUUCUAUUUUCAUGGUGGUAAGAUGUCAAAAGCCACUCUAAGGGGUAACCCAGAGACUCUUGAACUACCUGCUGAAUUGUUCAGUCAUGUACAUACUGUCAGGUCUGCUAUUGAAAUAUUUAUUGUGUCCAGAAAUCUAAAUUUGUUUUAUUCUUAAUUGAAAACAUGCAUGCAAAUGGAUUCAGGCCCCAGAAAGAGAAUCUACAGUAUGUCCCAAUUUUAUCUUAGUUUGCUGAGGAUUUUUUAUGGAAGAAAAAUAUUUAGGGUUUUUAAUAUAUGAUGAUUUAGGCUUGUAAAAAAGGUGUUCAAAUGAGGGUUUGUAUAUCAAUGUUUCCUUGUUGAUGACAAAAAGUUUGAUAGUAAAGGCAACAUCAUGUAAUUUUCCUGCAAA